CUACUAGAUAGGAAAAAAAGGUUUAAGAGCAUCACGCUGACUGAACCUGAUUGUCGGAAUCACAGCCGCACGCAUAUUUUUACCAGCACGCUAUUUUAAUUCACUUCACACCGCCGAAAGAAAAGCGACAACCGUUGUUACUAAACCAAAGCAUACGCGUGCAAAUCUCUACCACUCGAUGAGCUCAAGAAGAGGGAGCACUGGCCCACAACAGACCAGCCGCCAAUUCCAACGUGGUGGACAACGAGACAAUACUGGUAAUGGCCGUCAGGGACAGUACCCAACAUCCGCGCAACAACCUACGGCGUCCCAAUCGCGUUCUACUAGACAUAGCAACAAUGGCCAACGAGGAAAACACAACCACAGUCAAAAUCAUAACCAAAACUCACAACAGCAACAGCAGCCACAACAGCAACAACUUGAAAAUACGAACGAUCUACGCAGUUUACAGUUGCGACGUAUUCUACUUGACGAAGACGAUUUGGCCAGACGCAACGCUAGUGCUGUACAAUUAAUCAAAUCGAUUGAGGACUCGCGCCAAAAGGACGAUCCAGCACAAACUCAACACGAGUUCCUACAGCUCGUUGAUGUCUGCUUGUUUAAACAACAACAAAGUGUGCGAUCGAUCCUGGAAUCUAUGCGUCCUCACAGCAACACGCUUAAAAACUCGACUAUUAAACUUAUUUCAAUACUCGGUUGUUACUGCGGCAGACUCGAUAUUGUCCUUAUUUGGAUUUUCGAACAUUUGCAAAGAUGGACAACGAAUGAUACUUUGCCAGCUGAGGCAAACAGAGUCAAAGAAUUCAAAUUAUGGCUUCUUCGUUUGCUUCGACAAGCUAUUGCUGAUGCUGCGUCCGAUCCAUAUAUCAAAUGCCAAUUAUACGAUUUAUCAUCCAAUAUCAUGAGCAGCAUGAUUUUGUUUUUGGACGCCAUGGAUACCCCUGACUAUUUACCCGAAGUCCUGCAAGUGCUUGACAUAUUAGCAACUAGUUGUCCUACAACAUUUUCAGAAAAGUUUCAGGAUAUUAUUGACUUGCUUGUGGGUUGGCAUAUUGAUACUGGGCUAUCAGAACAUCGUCGAUCUCUCCUCCGCGAUAUUUACAAAAAGUUUCGACCUUUUUGGCCAAGCAGAUUAACUUUUGCAUUUGAGUUGUUACAGCACUUUUUGAGCGACAUGCAAAGCAUCAUUGCUGGUAUGAUGGCUGAGGAGACGUCGGAUAAUUGGGACUCCAAAUGGCAGACUUGUGAGAGUUUAUUCAGCUGUUUUCAUGCAAUGGUGUUCGCCAUCGUACCUUUACUAUCCACAUCCGAAGUGCGAAAGGAUAUCCAUGUCAUUGGACCUAUUUUCGACUUGCUGCGACCGAACGUUCUAAACUUUUUAUGCCAUGUCAAAGAGUUAUCUCCCAGUGUCACGUGGAUGGAAAAGUCAAAUCAGGUCCUGCUCAUGAUGUUUACAAUGAUUCCGCGAGGUGCACGUUUGUACCAGAGACAAGUGUAUGAGUACUUCGCCUCACAGGUGACUGGAGGAUCGCUCAAUAUCAACCCCCAAACUUAUUUGAAAACAUUGAUGAAGCUAAUCGACUCAUGGAGUUUUGAGGUCGAUGAAGCCAUUCUUCAGUCCAUGUUGGAUGUUGACACCUCCCCUUUCUUCCACUUGCGGGUGUUGAAUAGGGGAAACAAACAACUUAAUUCUGGCAUACUUGUAAUACUACGCUCAAUGAUUCGUCUAUCCAACACAGAUCAUGUCCAGAGCAACACCAGCAAUGUACUUGCGAGGCAUCUGGCUGAAAGAUUGGCGACUAUCACCAGCAUGUAUAGCGGCUCCACAGCAACGGAACUCAAGAGAACGAAUCAAGAAAUUCAAAAGCAUACCGCCGUCCUAUCCAAGCGUGAAACAGCCGCAUUGCCUAAUGGGAAACCAACUUGGUCACAAGUGACAAAUGCUGUUGUGGAUGCUAUGUUCUUCAGCUAUCUAUUGCUUGAUGCUGCAGCCGCCUGGUCGAAUUACAAAAAGCAACACUUCCUCCUCGUAUUGGAUACAACAUAUACAGCUUGGCGGUGUAAAUGUAGUGAUGUUUUCGAUGCAUGUGUCCAAGUGCUUUUGGAAUUUUGUUCAAGCUGUUCAUUCUUGUUGGAUGACGAAGAAAACUUUGGCUUGUUGGCAAACCUGUAUCAAGAUUUAUGCGAAAGUUGGGCCACGCUCAAUUUGACAAGUCGGCAGAAUUUGUGCGGAUACAUAAAAAAUAUGCUAUAUACGGUUUCAUCCUCUGACGACAUUCCGGGCCCAAUCUUGGAUGUACUAAGUGGCAUAGUGAAACUAUUUUUGGAAGCUAUUGAGUAUGAACGGAAUAGUACAGUCAAGGAAGAUAUGCUAAGAAUCGCAACACAUUACUGCCGACAUUUCAACUCUACACAACUUGUUGAAAGCGCACACACUUGUAUACAAAAUGGCCUCGACGAUUCACAUUCUGGUAUUCGUUCUGCCAGUUGUGAGCUUUUAAGUUUCCUCAAUCCUUUUUUGACAGCUGAUAUUGAAAUUGGUUAUAAUGCAACCAUCAAGUUUCUCGAGACUGUCGUUGUGGCAACUCCUCAUACAGGCUCUUUCCGUCCAGCGCAUUAUGAGAUCGUCAUGGCAAAUCUUGGUAUGGCUGGGCACUUGAUUGGUUCGCACGCAGAAAACGCUGCCAAGGCGAUACAGAAGCGUGAUGAUGGCGACCAAUUAGCAUGGGCAAGGCGUUUGUUUCAUCACUGCGCGUCAAUUGAAAGCAUGCGAAACGUCAGUGCUUUAAAAGAGUCAAAGAAAGGCGAUGGUCCGAUCGUACGAUAUGUCAACAACUCUCGGUCUUUUCUGAAGUAUUGGGCAAUGUGGGAAGUUUCUCGAUAUUGUAUGCUGUCGCGAUUACGAACCCCUUUUGGUGGACCACAACAGACUCUUGCGGCAUUUGAGCGAAUGCUCUCAUCGCUGGUAACAGCCAGUAUCGACCAGUUAAGAGACGAUUCGACAAUAAGGGACAACCUGUCAAAUUUGCUUUUGCUUCUAAAUCGUUUGGAAGUCCAGAUCUAUAACGCAUCUAAUGGCUGUGCUACGAAUGCUUUACCUGCAGUGCCUCGCUCCAGUUUGGCAUUUUUUCGAACAAACAAAAAAACGUGCAAGGAAUACUUUGCACGUAUCAGGCCAGCUAUCAUACAAGGUUCCAAGUUGUUACAUGAUGAUAACUUGUUGAUCUGUAAUACACUUGAGAUGAUACAGGACCUCGAACUAGUACUUCAUGAGAGGGAGUCACUGGAUGUAUUUGCUUGGUUUACUGAAAUUAAUAGCAUAUUAUAUGAUCUAGUGCGAGCAUGUAUCAAAAUGACUGCAAGCGACUUGAUCCAUGGUAUCCAAGCCUGGUACAAACGGAUAAUUCGUAAAGUAGCACGCAUCCAGCCCUCAUUUGAACAAGAGUGGGUCUUUGAUGGUCUCAUUGGACCUAUCAGUACUGAAGAAAGGGAGACUGAGUCAUCUUGCCCUGUUACAUGGUUUCAGGUCGCUGCACAAUUCGCUCUCGGACAUCAUGAAGAUGCGAUCCAAUAUUUGGAUAUAUUGCAUAGUCAUAUUGGCCGUGAUGAAUUUGGGAUUAUGGACAUGCUCGAUAACGAGGCUCUUGAUUUCUACACGUGUAUUGAAGAUUAUGAUUCUUUAAAGCGAUUAUACGAUGCAAACGGCUCCAUGUUUUCCAAGAUUUUCUCUCGGGAACUCAUGAUGUUUGCUGAAAGCGACAACCCAAAAGAGGUGCAGCCCACGUGCGAUCUUUCCGAUUUCUAUUCUUCGCUUCGGGAUCUGGGAGUGACCGAAAGCAUACAGCUAGGCAGACUAUUGCGCUUCCGCAUAUGGCUAAGUCAAGACGAGCCUGCAGAUCACAUUCAAAAAGAGAUUGAUAGAGUUUUAGCCGAUCGAGCAAGACUGUCGCUCGAAGAAGGGGCAUUGCCCGAGCGCAUCAGCAUGAUUGAAACACAACUCUUACAAUCGUCACGGCGGAGUGUCCUUGACAGUAUCAAUGACUAUUACACAUCAUUUGGGAAUCCAAGCGACGGUGACAAAAACAUCCUGGAAACUGCUGUCUGGGGUCGUCUAUCCAAUUACGUGGAGCAUACAUGCGAGGAAACCUUUAACACGGACGAGAAGAAAGCCAGAGUUUUGGCAACUGUACGAUUGCGGUCAGCCAGAGUCGCUCGUAAGCAAGGAAAUCUGAAAAUUGCGGAUAGCUGGCUGGAGCAAAUCCCUGCUACUUUAUCCGAUAAGCAUUACCAUGUUCUUUAUGAAAAGGCCAAGGUUCUAUUAUUGCAGCCAGACAAUACUUCCCACUUGGCUGCCAUGGAGGUGCUAAACGAGAUAAUUGUUGGUAUGGAAACCGAAAAGGACAAAAAGAAGCUUCACAGCAAGGCAUGUUUGGAGGCGGCACGACUGUUGAAAGCUAGCUACAAUGAUGGUGGUGAUGUCGAGACUGCGUUGCUAGGCAAGUUGGAUCCGACUCUUGUCAACGCAGAAGGCAUGGACAGUGUAUACAAGCUUCAAUCACCCGUUGAAAUUGCAAUUGAUACCAUACUCAAGAAAUCGGUUCAGGACUCAAAGCUGUUUCGAAAACCGUGGUUUGAAUAUGCAACAUACCAUUACAAGCAAGGUUGGAGAAUCCUGGAUGAGCUUAGUCGGAGCGAGCCUGGCAUGCCUAUUGUGUUGUGGGCUAGACAGCGGCUGCGAGACAUACUGAAGGCCGAUCAGCAUUCAGAAUACAACAGCGUUGAAGUGAAUAUUUGCGGUCUUUUGCAAAAGCAUUCUGGAACUGUCGGAGCGAAGGCGAUCGCUGACAUUGCUGAAUUGAAGAGCGCGGUUCAACAGCUACUACCUUUAUCUAGUGACGAGCAAAUUACCCAAGUUCUAGGAACGAUGGCCACCGUACACAACAACAUUAUUGAAACUUUUCGAACCUCCGUUACGGCUUAUUUCCAGUACUUGUCUUUGGGCGACAGCAAUGCCAAGGAUACUCAGACGGAAGACCGUUCAACUUCAAUGGUUAUGACUGCAACGCUGCGAUUAUUGCGCAUCCUGGUCAAGUACAGUGAUGCUCUACAAUCGGUAUUCUGUGGAAAUAUUGAGCAUGUAUCCAUUAAGCCCUGGAAGAAGAUCAUCCCACAGCUAUUUGCAAGACUCAACCAUCCGUCCAGCGUGGUACAAAAGGUCAUAAGCCAACUACUCGGAAGAAUUUGCGACGAGUAUCCACGAGAAAUCAUUUAUGACGUGAUUGUGAGCUCGUCUUCGUCCAAAACUAACCGCGAAUCGAAGAGUAUCCUUAAUGCGAUUGCUAACCGUAUGAUGGAGCGCAACGAAACGCUGUGGCUAUUCACUCAACGCAUGGCUGAAGAACUGGAGAAAAUCACCGUACUAUGGGAAGAGAAAUGGUCGUACAAGUUUUCAUCGCUGGCACUCAAUGCUAUCGAGCAAUUUACAAAACUGGAUCAAGAAGCCGUACGUCUGCGAAGCAAUCACAAGGAAACCGUGACACAAGUUCAAAUCGAGAAAGCCUUCUUCGAAAGCUACAAUAAUGUCAUGAAGUUUAUCAUUUCAUCCAUCGAUAAACUGCUGAGUGUCACGAUUCUAAACACUGCACCGAAAACGCCGCACGAACAAUGGUUCGUGGAUACCUUUGGAAAGCGGAUUCUUCAUGCUUUCGAGGUUUUACAAAAACCAAAGGAUAUGUCCACCUUCCGUACUGGUUGGGAUAUGUUUAUUCAGCUUAACCGAAACCUAGUAUUUGAGACUCAUAAAGUGCGCGUAUUGGAACUCGAUAACGUUUCACCUUAUUUGGCGUCGCUGCGUAAUUCGGCCAUUGGCAUUCCUGGCAUGUCCAACAACGACGAUAACAAUAGCCCGGUGUAUAUCGACUCAUUUGGCUCUAAUGUGGUAGUCUUGCCUACGAAAACCAAACCAAAGAAGCUGGAUAUUCAAGGAACCGAUGGCAAAAAAUAUUCGUACCUCUUUAAGGGUUUAGAAGAUUUACACUUGGAUGAACGGGUGAUGCAGCUUUUGAACACAGUGAACGGGCUGCUCAGAGAGGACAAGACGGCAGUCGCCAGGGAUCUCAAGACUAGAACCUAUGCCGUUAUUCCAUUAAGUGACCACUCAGGUAUGAUCCAAUGGGUAAACGAUGCCACGCCGCUCUUUGCUUUAUACAAACGCUGGCAGAAACGUGAACAAACAGCAAAGAUGUUGCUUGCUGGUGACAAGGCGACAGCAGAAGACCACAACCAACCACUGCGACGCCCAACAGAGCUCUUCACAAGUAAAAUCGAAGCGGCACUGAAAGGAGAAGGUUUGCGCGUGACAACGAACAGACGGCAUUGGCCAAAACAUAUCCUCAAAAAGGUCUAUUUGGAACUCGUCAAGGAAACACCUGGUGAUCUAUUAGCCAAAGAAAUCUGGUGCUCAAGCUCGGAUGCGGCUGAAUGGUUACAGAAAAGCACAUCACUUAGUCGGUCGCUUGCUGUGAUGUCUGUCAUUGGCUACAUUAUCGGCUUGGGUGAUCGCCACUUGGAUAAUAUUUUGAUUGAUUAUCGGUCUGGCGAAGUGAUCCAUAUUGACUACAAUGUCUGUUUCGAAAAAGGUCGGCAGCUGCGUGUGCCUGAGCUGGUUCCUUUUCGCUUAACGCAAAACAUGUUACAUGCUUUGGGUGUCACGGGCACGGAUGGUAUUUUCCGUAUUGCCGCGGAAGAAACGAUGCGGGUAUUGCGAAAACACAAAGAAGUUCUCAUGACGCUCCUAGAUGCGUUUGUGUAUGAUCCAUUGGUACACUGGGCGACAGAAGCUGAGGAGUUGGAAGAGCGUCAAAUUAUGGAGCUCCAAAUCAAUCUCGGUUUAGUUGCUAAGAGACUAGCCGAGAAGCGAAGCGACUACGAGAAGCGUCAACAAUGCGUGGUGAAAACACUCUUUGGUGUCACUGGCAAGUUGCAAUAUACCCAACAAGCAUCGCUCCAAGAGCUACAUCAGCAGGCAAUUGACGAAGCUGGAAGCGACGAUGAAGUCGAAAAUGAAAGCUUUGCUGACCAAGCAAAGAAGAACCUCCAUGCCAUUGCUCAUGAAUGUUCCAUAUGGGCGAAUAAACACGGUUCGAUGCUGGCAUCUUUGACAAAGAACGUGUUUGUAGAGUCUUUUUUCAAAGAGUCGCACUUGUCUGAACAAAUGUUUGCAGGAGUACCUGAGCUUAGCAGCAAUUUUGAAGUCAAAAACUUCUUGCAAGCAUUGUCGACAUGGGUAACACAAAAGAAUGCCGUUUACCAGCAGUGUUUCGAAGAAGUGCGCACGUACAAGAAUCUGACGCAGCCUGUUGCACGGAAACUACUAAUACAAGACUGCUGUUCCAUUUGGCCGCUCCUACAACAACUUAUUGAGCAAUCCUUUGCAAAGACCAAGGCAGAAGAAGUCUGGAGAUGGUUACAGCAGGAGCACUUUUCCCAGUUUAUGCAAAAUUUGGAGAGCUCGGUAUUCAACUAUGCCAGUACUAUUGCUCAAGCUUUGACAAGGGUUGAGAAAGCAGCCAGACAGCCGGAAAUCAGGCACAUGCAGGACUCAUCCAAGCUCGAGUCCGAAUUCAAUACUUUGGCAAAGCGAAAUCCACGGCUUGCGAUCAAAGAAUUGGUGGAAUCGUUAGUCUCCUUAGAGUCGGCGUUCCGGCGACUUGACAGUGACGACCAAGAAUAUACCAACACUGCUUCUGCUACCACGACCGCCACAGCUGCCGCUGCUACUACUACUACUCUAACCAGCACCGAAUCUCAGCUUGACUUGAUCUCGGUGUUACCGGAAAAAUUGCAAUCAUUUGAGCAGCAAUGUCAUCUCGGAUCCUUUGGACAUUGCACAUAUGUCAAUGGUAUACUUAGUUUGGCUGCCCACCUGCAGUGCCACGUGGAUGCAUUGAUCGGUCUUGGUGAGCGAUUCGAGCCUUCCGAGCUAAGGGCCCUUCAACCUAUUACUCCUUGCGCCAAGUCCUUGUACCUAAUGGAAGACGAAUGCCUUACUGCAUGUAACGCUGUAUUCGAAGGUCUUCUCGCAGACGGGCAACGUACAAAGACAUACAUGGUUGAACUUCAAGGCAUUCUUAAUAAUAUGCAUCCCGACGCUUUGAUUGGCAGCGAAAAAUAUACAGGUGUCAAUCCUCUUUAUGGCCUUAUGCAAAAACCGUUUGAGCACCUUGAUCGAUUCUGUAACAUGGCAAAGGAUAUUGUUCUUGAAAUGGGAUCGACCGACGUGAAGGCAGCCAUCGAAACUUACAGCCGACUCAAGCGCAGGGCCAUUAUGUGUCUCAUGCGAGAAUGUUUAAAACAUACAGAUAGCGUGCCGUUGGAAGGAUGGACUACACCACUUAUUUCCACAUGGGGUAUCACUUGUAGUGCAGCCAUCGGACAACACAUCAAAAGCAUUACGGCAGGUUAUGUCAGCUCUAUAUAUGUUCCGUUCAUCACCGCAUUGAUCCAGGCAAUUCGACAAAAACUGCCUGAUAACGAUGGUACGGACGAUCAAGCGGAAACCGACUCAGAGUCCCAAAGACUGUAUGGCAGCUGUCUUCACCAGCUGUGUGUUGCCACAGCUAAAGAUUGUAUCUUGACAACAAUCAAUCCCGCUAUGUCAAGAUAUGGACUGGCAUUACAAAAAUAUGAAGUAGAUAUCAUGCGUUUUCACUGGUACAAUGCACCGUACAUUCAGACAAGACGUCCACUUUUACCAGAAUCGCUACUUGCACAUAUGUCUAAUGGCCUUGAACGAUUGCAUCAUAUUGAAAAUGAGCUUCAAACCCUUGAUGAUAUUUACACACAAUUGAUCAAGCAUGUCCCGCAACUAAAGUCUACGCAGAAUACUUGGCAAGCGGCAUACCGGAAUGAACACAAAAAGUGUAUCACCAUUAUGGAUAUAUAUACUUCUGUGAACCAUUUGGAAAGCUGUCGUGAAGGCUUUACUCAAGCAAUGAUUAUAGGCAAGGAGAUCGGUGAUAACCUGGAACCAUUUAUGGUUGGCGAGAUUAGUGAAGGACCCACAAACAAUGUUGAUGACAACUCCAUCUAUGUUUCGCGUGAUAUUCUUCGUGAAGUCAGAAAGGAUAUGUACAGCAUCUACAAGACGAUUGCAGUGAUUAAAUCUCCAGUAGAUGAUAUUGUAUCCUUACUGGAGUCUAUUGCCGUGAUAGAAGUGGAUACCGAUAAUGAUCUAAGUCCGGCUCAGCAAAGUGCAAAGUCUGUACUAGAUGCAUUCUCUUCUAUUCAUGCUAUUGUAUCCAAACUAAAUUCAUCCGAAGAAGAUUGGAGCUAUUCCCGCUUGAAUGACUCGGUAGAGACUUGCAGCGCCAAGAUCCGCGAGCUUUUUGCAUCGCUUCAUGCUCUGGAAGAAUUCGGAGCAGAUCGUCAGGAUGAAUCACGAGAACAACACCCAUCGGCUCCAACAACAACAGCAGUAACACUGGAUGUUUCGGCAGAGGUUGAAAGUUCUCACGAACAGUCAUCACAAUUGCAGAUUUUGGAUGAUAGGUUCAGAGAACCUGCUACAACAACAGCGCAAACCAAACUAAAUGUCUCGUCAUCUUCACAACAAGACAACCAAGGCCAACAAGGUAUCCUACAACAACAACAGCAACGACGAGAUACACAGGUUCUUAACAUCAUGCGAAGAAUAAGAUCCAAGCUGGAAGGCAAAGAUUUUGGCGCACAGCACAAAUUGAGUGUAUCAGAGCAGGUGACCAAAGCAGUGGAACAAUCAGUUUCUGUGGAUAAUCUGUGUGCCAUGUACGAAGCCUAUAGCCAAAUUGGAGCCAAAGGAAUUAGAUCAACAAAGUAUGCUUCGGAAGUCACCAAUAGCAGUGCCGCCCUUGAUCUUGAUUCCCAAUGCAAGCCAUCCGGCAAAUUUACAUCAGUCAUACAGACAUGA